AUGGAGAACGCUGACGUCUUCUUGGGCUUGCACGACUUUCUUGAACGGAUGAAGCAGCCGUCCGCCGCCGAUUUCGUUAAAUCCAUCAAAAGCUUCAUUGUUUCAUUUUCGAACAAUGCACCAGAUCCUGAAAGGGAUAGUGCUCUUGUGCAAGGGUUUUUUGGCCAAAUGGAGACUGCUUUCAGGGCUCAUCCACUUUGGGCAGGCUGUAAGGAGGAGGAGUUGGAGAGUGCCGGUGAAGGCCUCGAGAAGUACGUAAUGACAAAGUUAUUUACCCGUGUAUUUGCUUCACUUCCAGAUGAUGUAAAAGCUGAUGAGCAACUCUCUGAGAAGAUGUCUUUGAUUCAACACUUUGUUCGUCCUGAAAAUUUGGAUAUUAAGCCCUCGUUCGAGAAUGAAACAUCUUGGCUGCUUGCGCAGAAAGAGCUACAGAAGAUCAAUAUGUGCAAGGCACCAAGAGAUAAGCUUGUGUGCAUCCUCAACUGCUGCAAGGUCAUAAACCAUUCAUUGCUUAAUGCUUCUAUUGCUUCGAAUGAGAAUCCCCCUGGAGCUGAUGAAUUCCUUCCGGUUCUUAUUUAUGUUACAAUGAGGGCAAAUCCUCCACAGCUGCACUCAAAUUUGUUGUACAUACAGCGGUAUCGGCGUCAAUCCCGGUUGGUGGGGGAAGCAGCAUAUUUUUUCACAAAUAUGCUGUCUGCAGAGUCUUUCAUCUCUAACAUUACCCCAAAAUCUAUCUCAAUGGAAGAAGCCGAGUAUGAAAAGAAUAUGGAACUGGCUCGAGCACUGGUCUCAACAGGUCCUUCAGCUGAAGAGGUUGUCGCACAAGGUGCAGGUAAUAUUGUCAAACCUGAAUCCAGGCAUCUGUUUUUAAAGGAGAGGAACUCUUCAGUCCGACCCAGAACUGCAGAGACGAGGUCUAGAACUAUGGAUGCAGAAAGUUCAAAAGAUGUGGUAUCAUCAUUAGAUAAGGUUUCGUCAAUGUUGGAUAUACAUAACAGAGGAGCCACUCUCAUUUUGAAGGAGGACAUGGCAAAUCACGUUUUUCGAGAGUACCCUUACUUGUAUUCCCAUGUUGGUGAUCUAACAAUCAAUGACGUGGAAGAGUUGUUGAACUCCUACAAACAGCUGGUUUUCAAGUAUGUUUGUGUUUGUAAAGGUCUGGGUAGUGGUGGUGGAGGUGGUGGUGCAUCUCUUCUUUCCAUCUCCGGUGAUCAAGGAAGUGUGCAGAACGAUGUGGAACCCAUGAAGUAUUUUCAAGAGGCUGAAACAGUUGUAGAACAGAGUAAUGAGCACGGGAAACAAAAUGAUAGCUUGAUAGCAGAAUCAAAGCGUCUGGAAGUGGAAAUUGAUCCAACGGCGAGAAAAAAUUAG